CUAUCAUUUCCAGGAUGUUGAUGGUCUUUAUUAGAUUCUAGAGAGGUCUGCAGGAAAAGUCGUAGACCAAACGUUGAAGCAACCUUGAAGAUCACACAAGUAUACCUUCUGGGUUUGUUACUGCAGUUUUAGCUCCGUAUUGACCACCAUUAAAAAACAAAGAUGUCUUAUAUGUUACAGCAUCUCCAUAAUGGCUGGCAAGUUGAUCAGGCAAUUCUCAGCGAAGAAGAUAGAGUGGUUGUUAUCCGCUUUGGUCACGAUUGGGAUCCAACAUGCAUGAAGAUGGAUGAAGUUUUAUACAAUAUUGCCGAGAAAGUGAAAAAUUUUGCCGUUAUCUACUUGGUAGACAUAACUGAAGUACCUGACUUCAACAAAAUGUACGAAUUAUAUGACCCUUGUACCUGCAUGUUCUUUUUCCGAAACAAGCACAUCAUGAUUGAUCUGGGUACUGGUAAUAACAACAAGAUCAACUGGGCUUUGGAGGACAAGCAAGAAAUGAUGGACAUAUUGGAGACACUAUACCGUGGAGCUAGAAAAGGACGAGGUCUAGUUGUAUCUCCUAAAGAUUAUUCUACCAAGUACAGAUAUUAAAUUAUGUAUGGUCUAAGUUACAAGUCAGAGUUUGGUACAAAAUGUUGAAAUAUUAUUUUAAGAUUUAAACUAAGUGCUUUGUGUAGACUCUAAUUUGCUGCUGUAUCAGGAAUAAUUGAGUGACUGAAGGCAUAAGAACAACAAGAUGCAUUCUAAAUGGGAAGUUCACUGACAUCAUUUGCAAGGCAUAGAGGUAAUAUGUACUUUGGUAACAAAAUAAUUUAGGUAGGCAAAUUAAAAGUACAGAAGCAAGUACAGUAUUGCAGUUUUAUUACACUACAUUAAUUAAUAAUUACUAUUAAAGUUAUCAUUCACAGGAUAUGUUAGCACCCUAUCACGUAAGCAAAUUGCUUGUUUUCAGUAUUGGUUGCAGUGAGUUUCCUACAAUUAUUUCCUAUAAUAGUAGGAAGGGAACGCAAGGGUUGACCCGGGAAAAUUUUUUUUUAACCAAAUAAUUCAUUCACCAAUGAGUGA